GGUGGAGUGGUCGUGCAGGAAGACGUACUCAGCGUGUAUCUGAAAGAGGGUGGGACCGGUAAGGGCCAUAAGAUCUCGUUUAAGUCCGACGGACAGGUGCCGUUGAAGCCGAUGGAUUUGGUUACCAACAAACUCUCCAAGUACGACCAUGCCCCAUACAAUGCACACACACAUGUAAGCAACGCAGUCACCGAUGGCCAAGUUCCGGACAUUCCAGACACAACUCCAAUUAUGAAUAGCUUUACGGAUAUGGAUGAAGUAGCCACGCAGCACAGACAAGCCGUCUCACGGCGUGCCGAUCAGUUCCCCCGAAGUACUGAAUCGGCCCGACGGUCACUGCCCGCUGCAUUUGGCAAUAGUGGGACGAAGCUGGAUAUACCUACCACCGAGACCGGGGCAUCACAGCCAAAACCAGCUGUAGGUAGCGCCUUUGGAGGCAGGGUGGAGAACUCAGGGAACAGAGAAACAGGCGCGCGCGUAUCCGCGUUUGGCGCCGUUCACGACACUCCCGCUGUUUCUGGCGCCACGGCGUUUGGGACACCCUUUAAGCAAGACGCGAGUGCAAACGCGUCGGCGUUUGGCGCCCAUGCCUUUUCCGAUACGAAACAGCUUGGUAACACGGCAUGUCCGUUUGGUAGCAAUGUGGAGAUAAACGCCACUGGGCUCACCUCCACUGGGCCCACCGCCACAGCACCCACUGCGUUUGGGACAGGCAGUGGCGGUGCGUUCAGUCAGACCGCAUUCGGCGCUGGGAGUACUGCAACAACCCAGCCACUGACCACGGCCUUUGGCUCGAAUACCGGGACAAACGCGUUUGGUGCGGAUAUAAAACACGAGCCGAAAGCGUUUGGUUCGAAUACCGGGACGAACGCGUUUGGUACCGAUAUAAAACCCGAGCCGAAAGCGUUUUGUUCGAAUACCGGGACGAACGCGUUUGGUGCGGAUAUAAAACCCGAGCCGAAAGCGUUUGGUUCGAAUACCGGGACGAACGCGUUUGGUUCAGACGGUGAUAGGAACACGGGGGCGUUUGCAUUUGCGACUGCACCGCCAGCAUUGAACAACACAGCCAACACCACCACAGUAACUGAAACGGCGGCUCAGUUGUGCACUGCUGCGGUGGAGUGUGUCGCUAGUCCACUUGUGGAGCAACUGGUGCAAUGGGCUGUGCAGAAAGAGGCGCGCGUGCAGCUAGAGCGAGAGGCACGCGCGAAGGCGGUGGAGAUGAUGUACGUCAAAACAAUCAGCCAGGAAGUGCUGGACGCCAUGGUGGAG